GGGCCUGACCCCACCUCUCCGAGGCCUAAUGGGACUUGCCCCCAGAGUCCCGCCGCCCACCCAAACCACCGGAUCGGGAACAGAGACGCCCAUCAGACUCCGAAGCAUACAGUAACGUCCAGACUGCGGUACAAAUCUCCAGGCUUCGAGGUGAGGGGAAGAGGUUGCCUUCCCGGGCUCUACCGCCGGCUGUACCGUCUCCAUAGUAACAGCGAGGGAGGCCGGGAGAAUAGACUCCCUCCCGCCUAACAACCCGCCCCCGCGCCAGACUGACCAAUGGUUCUGCGGGUUACCUAAGAGACGGUGUGAUUGACACCAGCAUCGACCAAUCGGAGGGAGCAACGGAGAGCGACGCGCCUACCCGCCACGCUCGGCGUUGCCUGGAGGCGCUGCGGCCGUAAGCAAAUACGAAGGAAGCUGGGUGUUGAAAGAGCCGCGCUGAUUAGCGAAUCUGGAAGCGCCUGGAUGAAAGCCCACUUGUGAUUCGUCGGAAGGAGACCGAAGCCCCUGGGGCUGGACUCGGCCGGACCUUGAGGUGUGAGUAGGACACCUGGUGGGAGCGGGAGAGCCAGAUGGCUGGCACCGUGCUCGGGGUGGGGGCCGGCGUGUUCAUCUUAGCCCUGCUCUGGGUGCUAGUGCUGCUGCUGUGUGUGCUGUUAUCCAGAGCCUCGGGGAUAGCCAGGUUCUCUAUCAUUUUUGUGUUCCUCGGCGCUCUGAUCAUCACAGCAGUUCUGCUGCUCUUCCCUCGAGCCAGCGAAGUCCCAGCCCCAGAGGUCGAAAUGAAGAUUGUGGAUUCCUUUUUCAUUGGCCGCUAUGUCCUGCUGGCUUUCCUCACUGCUGUCUUCCUUGGAGGCCUGUUUUUGGUUCUCAUUCAUCAUAUCCUGGAGCCAAUCUAUGCCAAACCGCUGCGGUCCUACUGAGCACUACUCAGGAAGACCAAACCAUUCUGUCCUUCACUUCUGAGGUCACUGAUGAGCAGAAAGGUACUCUUCGGAACCUUAUUUUGACAGCCUUCAUGCCUUAAGAUUGGAGAAAUAUCCAUUCAUGACUAAGACAAAUCCCUUGAGUCCUGGCUUCCAGAAAUGGGGUUGCAAAAUUGGCCCUGCCGAGAUGAUUCUCACCAUCUUCAGAGGGAUAGUGUGGUCUUAGCACCUGUUCCUCAGGUUUUCAAUAUGUUUUGAAAAGGUAAUGGUAACAGUGACCUGCUUCCAGUAGAUUUUCAAUCAAGACAUCAGUAAAUGGAUUUUGGGAAAAGGAACACUUUGGUUUCUUCUGUCCAGUAGACUGAAGACUCUUGUCCUUUUGAGAAUACACAAGAUUCUUUGUUAAAAGGGUGGGAUCAUUUGGGAAGGAAAGGCACUCAAAGUUCAAAAGAUUAUUUUAAUGGGAUGAGUUGGAAGAGUUACCCAGGUACUGGUUGUUGACCAGUUUGCAUAUGGUGCCACAGAAUAUGUACAGACAAUGGGUGUCACUUCCCUCUGCUCUAGUAAAGCAAUAAACAAUCAGAGGACCGACUUUCA